AUGGAUAUCAACUAUAUACUCCGUAAUAACGUUGAUGCACAUCUAUUAAAUACGUCAGAUGUCAAAAUCUUCCCAGAAGUUUUGAUUGGCAUUGAUCAUUACAAUGACGUUAUCAAUACUUCGGAACCUAGCAUCACGUUACCCUCCGGGUUACUCGCCGUGCCUACAUUCUUUGGCCACGUUAUAACGGGAAUGGGAAAUGCCGACGCAUCAUCAAAAAACUGGCUGACAAGCAAUGCAUUCCUGUCGUUAGCGCAACCAGAACACGAAAAUUUCGAUCUUUCCGCAAUGUGGGCCCUCGAAAAUUUCGGAAUAACUGACCCCAUAUCGGAGUCGGACGAAAAUCAGGAAAUUCUACAGAAUUUUUACGACACUAUCGAAAUAAGGGAUAAAGAAAUAUUCGUGAAAUUCUCUUGGAAAAUGAAUAGAAUGGACUUCAGUGACAACUACAAAGUCAGCUUCACCAAUUAUAUAAUCCUUACGCAAAAAUAA